UACAAUAUUUUGUGCGACAUUUGAAAAAGGACACAUCUCAAUCUACGUCAUUUAUUUACCUAGGAUUUCCGGUUUAUAUCAACCACUUUCAUUUUCUGAUAAGUUAUACUGUCGUUCGUAUAUCAUCAAUUUCCUUCGUGAAGACUGUUCUCAUUUCUUCUUAAUUAUCUAACAAUGUAAUAUAUUUCAUACUUUUUAACUAAAUCUUUUCUUAAUGAAUUUUUUUUCCUUAGACUUAAUGUGUGCAGAUAUAUAUGGUUCGACAGCUAUAUAUAUGGUAUUCAUGCCUAUAAUUGUUUUUAUUUUGAUUGUAAAAUUUUGUCAAUUCCAAAGAACAUUUUCUUGAGCAAAAUCAACUUCUAAAAACUCUUGCAAUGAUACUUUUGUAUAAACAUUGCCUUUAUUAAUGUUUUAUUUCAAAUAGCUAUUUAUAUAUCAGAAAAGAAUGGAUGAAAACGAAAUGACAGCUGUAGUGACUUGCUGGAAGAAAACUUUCAAAACAGCUACAGAUUUUGACGUGUGGGGUCAGCGAGUAGAGGCUGUAGAUAUGUAUAAAAGAUUGUCAAAGGAACUACAUCAACAUGCCAAUUCAUACAGCAGAUUCUCAGACAGUCAAAGGAAGCUUUUACAAAAAAUUGCCUUCUGCAUCGAUUCAAGACAAAGAUUGCUUCUGUCAGAGAAACCAAGCCAAGUUGCAGGUGUUUCUUUAAAUGACCUUCAAAGAUUAGAAUCAAUAUUGUCAAAUAUUUUGUGCCACCAUACAAGUGAGUUUCCGUUGGACAUAUCCAUGGCUCAUAUGCAAAUGAAGCAACAUAUGGGAUUUAGGCAAAAAUUUGAAAGCCAAAGUGAAGAUGAUAAGCAAGAACAGUAUGUGAAUGGGAGCUUAUUGCCCAGGCCUCUGCCUGUAGCAGGGAUGACGCUGCUCACAGUGUGGGUGGAAAAAAUUGGUCUCAAAGAUGUUGCUCAGUAUAUUGACCCCUUCCUCACAGUGUCUGUCAAGGAUGCUGAAGGCAAGGACAUGACAACUUCACAAGAUACACCUGUUGCUUCUGACAAGGAUGACACCUGUAUUCAGUUCAACAUGGAUGUCUACAUUCAAAAAGCUCUUGAAAGUUUACCCCCAGGGUAUGCUGUUUUCUUUGAGCUUAAGCAUUACAAACCCAAGAAAAGAGCAGUCAGUACUAGAUGCUGGUCUUUCCUUGAAAAGGAUGAAAUUAAAGAAGGACCUGUUGUUCUUGAACUGUACAAGAAACCCACAGAUUUCCAUAGAAGAAACAUUAGCCUAUUUACUGUCAAACCACUCUAUCUUCACCUAAGACUGAAGCUCUUCAGAUAAAGUAUCAAAUGUUCUUUGACGGUUCUUUUGAUGAAACCUAAAAGAGGGUAUUUUUUAAAUAUGUAAAUUGUAAAUGAUGCUAAAAACUGCUAACCUCUCCUGGACUGAGAUAAACAUGGGAAUUUUACACAGUAGCAGUUUCUGAAAAUGUAAUACUAUGUCUACUAGAUCUCCACUUGUAAUGUUGGCAACAUUCAGUUGUGCAAAGAUGUAACUAUAGAUGUCACAACAAUAUUUCACUGAAUCAAAGCUCAUUAUACUCAUUCUUCAGAAAGAGACCUAGUCUUCAUUUUGCAUUAAAAUUAAGGAUCUUCAGCAUGUUUAAUACAUUGUAAGACUCCUUGCAUUACAUUCCAUAAAGCUAGCUGGUCCUUUAUGUCUGAUUGUCAGCUACAAGUGUUCAUAGUGAAUUAUCUAACGGCUUGUGUGUACAUCAUGUCUCAUAGUCAGCUGAGUGUUCACAGUAAAUGAUCUGACAUCUUGUAGCUACAUAUCUCAUUGUCAGCUGAUUGUUCACCGUGAAUUAUCUAACAAUAUGUGUGUACAUAUCUCCUACAUUUUUGUAUUCAUGUCAGUAAUUACAAUUCAUGUUACUGUCACAAGUAGACACAAACUAAAGGCAGAGAUUAAAAAAAAAAGUUCUUGUUUGAUGAA